UCAGGCUUCACCUGGUGUGGUGGGAAUUCGUUCAAGUGAAUAAGGAGAAUCUUAUCGUAAUAUUGAAAAACGGCCUGCGAGCACAACCGGAUAGAGUUGGGCAAUCCGUCACCAUGUUGCUCCAAUCCGUCACAACCACAACCGCAGCGCCGGUUCACCACCACCGUCUCCGCCGUCUCUCACUCUCAGUGCAUAUCUCCCACCCCGGGUUCUCAACAUCCAUUCUUCUAUACUCUCCAAAGAGCCCUGCGAUCUCAUGUUCCUCAGAAUCGAAUGUUCGCACUGUGGACUAUGAGAAGAAGCCGAAACUUGAUUGGUACAAAAUCUACAAGCGUAUAUGCAUUGCUGGACUCUCGGGAGCAGCCAGCCCUGAUGCAGUGCUAGAACAGUAUGAGAAUGAGGGUGCGGAUAUUUCAAUACCGAAUCUUUUGCUUAUAAUUAAGGAACUCCGCACAGUCAAGCGAUACAAGCUUGCUCUCCAGGUAUAUGAGUGGAUGAAGGAUAAAAAGGAUACAUAUCGUGUAACUAAAAGAGGCGCUGCAGUUCAUUUAAAUUUAAUAUACCAUGUGAAUGGAAUCUCAAAUGCCGAAGACUACUUCAUGAAUUUGCCAGAGCAUGUGAAGGACAACCGAGUGUAUGCCUCACUCUUGAAUGCCUAUGCCCAAUCAGAAAUGAGGGAAAAAGCGGAAUCUUUAUUUGAUGAGAUGAAAACCCGAGGUUUUGCCAGUACUUCUCGCCCAUAUAAUGUGAUGAUGACCCUUUACAAUAAACUCAAGGUUAAUGACCAGGUGGAGCGUAUAAUAUCAGAAAUGGAUUCAAAAAAUAUUUUAGACGUGGUUUCUUAUAAUAUAUGGUUGACGUUCCUUGGAUACCAAGGAUCUGUGGAGAAGAUGGAAGAAGCAUUUGAAAAAAUGAAAAAGGACCCUGGUGUUAUUAUACACUGGAGCACAUUCAGCUUAAUGGCUUCAAUGUACAUUCAGAUGGGUGAGGUGGAAAAAGGCGAAGAUUUUUUGAGACAGAUGGAGAGUAGAAUCGAUGUUAAGGAGCCUAUCUCUUAUCAUUACCUCAUGAGUCUGUAUGCUAGAGCUGGUAACAAGGAAGAGGUAUACCGCGUCUGGAAUGUCUACAAGGCAAACAUUCGCCGCAUCCCAAACAAGGGUUACUAUGCACUAAUCUGUUCUCUUUUAAGAUUAGAUGAUAUCGAAGGCGCCGAAAACGUAUUCAAUGUGUGGAUGUCAGAAAAGACACUUUAUGAUCCCAGAAUGCCGAAUCUUCUCCUGAGUUGGUAUUUGAGGAACGGGCUAUUGGAUAAGGUUGAAAGUCUUUUUGCACGAAUUGUCGAUGCUGGAAAACAGCCCAACUCAUCGGCAUGGGAAAUCAUUGCACAAUUGCAUAUCAGGAGGGGGAGAGUUUCAGAAGCUUUGUCUUGCUUGAGAGAUGCUCUUUCGGCUGAAGGUUCUGGAAACUGGACACCCAGGCAUCCUACUAUAUCUUCUUUUAUGCAGCUUUGUGAGCAACAUGAUGAUGUGAAAAGCAAAGAGGAAUUGAUUGAGAGGUUGAGUGAAGCGGGGCGUUUUGAUCGGGAGGCCUACAUGUCUUAUAUCUCCGUACAAAGCACUGUGGAUAGUGAGAAGAAGGAUGGCGAUGAAAUAACUGAUGUCCUACUCAAUGAACUACAUGGAAGCUUACAAUAACUUCCACAUAUACUUAUAUUUGACUUGCUAAAUCACAUCAUCAAGGUGUUUGUAAGGUAAAGGAAAUUGAUGUUCUAUUUGAGAAGUAUUUGGGAUUGUUAGGAUGCUUUUCCGCGAGAAUCUGCUAAGAUUUUGCCAAAUGUUUCCUUGUAUCAUAGCUAGCUGCCACCAGAGUUAAUGCCGGCCUCCUACAGUGCUUUGGCCUAUUUCGAUGAAGGGGCUUAGGUGAGAAGAAGAUUUUGGGAGUAUUAGCCUCUAUAUUGGUAAACAUUGAAAAUACAAUGUGUUCUCUCUAUCAAGAUAUAGAUACUCCACUAUAUAUAGAUAGAGGAAUAACCCUGUCCGACCGCUAUUGAGGUGGUUCCUUAUGGAACUUAUUGAAUUUUUUUUAGCAUGUUCUUUAUAAAUUUAGAUUAUUAUGUUCACCAAAUUUGGCCUUCAAACUCAAUCGAGAAGGCAAUUAAAUAAAUUAUUUAAAAAUACUGCACUUUAUAUAUAUUAACAAAACAAUGUUUUUCAAUUCCACAUUUGACCGACUUCCCGAUUGAUUUUCCUUUGAAAUUUUGUGGAAAUAAUUUGCACUUCAUGAAGAACAUGCUUACAAAAUUUGAUAAAAAAAAUCCACCAAAAACCACCUCAAAAUGAGUCGGCCAAAUGGUGGAUCUUGUUAGACGCAGACCGGUCUGACAUGAUCAUUACUCUCUCUCUAUACAUUGACUGUGCAAUGUUUACAUACAUUGACUGCGUUUUCUAGGUAUAAUUUGGCGGAGUUAACUUCAAAAAAUUAUUUGACUACCUUCCUGAUCGAAUUUUGAGCUGAAUUUUUGUGGAUAAACUAAAGUUGAUGAGGUACAUAUUGGUAAGGGAGCAUUGGAAAGAUUAGGAGUUUUACCAACGGUUAUUUGUGUUGACCCUAAUCUUGUUCAUGAAUCUACUCGGUACUCGCAAAUGCCAAGGGAAGGACAACAACCACACGAAGAUUAAAUUGAAGUGCAUUAUUGAAAGUUUCUUACUGAUAUUCAAAUAUGAACUUCUGGUUUUUGCUUUUUGCUCACUAAGUUUAUGUUUUGGGAAGACUUUUCUUUUUGGAAAGGGUUGUAUAUUUUGGGGAAUGCUUUUUUGGAUAGGGUUGUAAUAUUUGGGGAAAGUUUUUUUGGAAAGUCUUGGAAUAUUUUAGAUAGACAGUCUAAGAUUAGGCUUGCACUUUUUCUGUAAGUUUGUUGUAAUAUAUAAGGCUUGUAAACUCUUUUGCAUUAUAUGCAAAUGACUGUAUUCAGUUUUUACUCUAACAUUGCCUUUGUAUUUACUCAGAAAUUGCACAGGUUUUAAUUUUUGUUGUGUUUCCU